GGCGGGUCCCUGGGAAUUUACUGGAGCAAGUAAUAUUUAUUCCUGAUAUUUAGAGCCGUUAUUUAUAUUUAAGCUUAUUUCAGCCGUCGACAUUCAAUCCGCCUUGAUCCAGUCGAUCUCUGCGAGCUUCAAAUGCCACAGAGAUCGCGUUCUGCUGCUCGACUACUCGCCCGAAGCUCGACAAUCGAUAAUUCCCACUGUGUCAACCAUGGCUCGACAGCAAAAGCGCAGAGAGAAGGAUCCUAAGAUCAAGCUCAAACAACCGGAUCGAUCCGGCCCCUCCCAGGAAACGCUUCUCGAUAUCGCGGAAAAGCGCGGUCUCUUCAAAGCAGUCGAGGAGAAGGAGAAGGAGAAACAUAAAGCGGAAGAAUCUGCAGACCAAACUGAAGAUGAUUCCGUCAUUGGAAGGUUUGGGGAGGCUUUUCUCUGGAGCUUGAGUCUCACGAUGCUACACUUCACUCUCGAUGUUCUAGUCACUCAUCAGUACGCCGUCGAGGUCUCCUGGCCCGGCAUCAUAUCGCGGGCCGUGCAGGCAUUUCCCGUGAUUCUCCUCCUCUUCUACUCCUUCCACCCACACGCCUCUCCCUCCGUGCUCCUCCCCCGCCUCCCUCCACGAAUCCAACCAUUCCUCCAUCAACUGUUCUUCUUCGUCCUCAGCGUUUCAGCAGGAUGCUACUUAAUAUACAUCUCGAACACAUAUGGCUAUUACGCCGUCAUGAAACGCUCACCUGCGUUGGGCUGUAUCUGGGUCUGGUCCGUGAUCGAGCUGAACUUGUUUUGUGCGACUACCAGUCUGAUAUGUUGCGGCGCUUUCCUCAAAUAUGGAGAUUAUUCGUUCCUAUGAGAUAUACGACUUGCAUAGGACGGAUCGGAUAACAGGCAUUGGGUCCUGGGGUUUCGGUACUUCAUUCUCGGCGGGUUUGGAAGGGAGGGGGCCCUUGACGCUCCUCAUAUAUCACACUGCUUGAGAUUGGCUCAACGCAGCUAUGAUGCGUAGCACGAUACACCAGGACUUGAAGCUCCUCUAAUGUCUCGUGUUGUGCGAAGAACGUUGUCUACGGACCCCAGUCUGGCGAACAUCACGUACACAGCUGCCACGGUGGAAAAGGGCGAAGGCGAGGAUUCCGGUGAUGACGACGGGUAUGGACAGGGCGGGUUCGUGAAUAGGACUGCACAGAGCAACGUCUCUCACAGCUCAAACAGGGAGCUCUUGAAGGUCUCGUGACUUGUUCCCCUUUCUUCCCCCAUAUCCUGCCUGGGCUACCACUCUUCGAAUGGCGUCUUAAUCAUGAGAGCAGGG